CUCUCUUUCGUGUGUCAUGAUAUAUGACGUCAAACUGCUCGACCCAGGCUUUCGUCGCACUGUCGGAGAAGCUUGAUGCAGUUAUAGGCGAUAAGGUGUCUUGACCUAAGGACCAUUCAAAAUGCCAAAAAACAAAGGAAAAGGAGGAAAAAAUAGAAGGAGAGGUAAAAAUGAAAAUGAGACUGAAAAACGUGAACUGGUGUUUAAAGAGGAUGGUCAAGAAUACGCCCAGGUUCUCAAAAUGCUAGGCAAUGGCAGACUAGAGGCAUUUUGUUUUGAUGGUACAAAGCGCUUAUGUCACAUAAGAGGGAAACUCCGCAAAAAGGUUUGGAUAAAUACUGGUGAUAUUAUCUUGCUGGGUCUAAGAGAUUACCAGGACGCCAAAGCUGAUGUUAUUCUUAAAUAUACUGCUGAUGAAGCGAGAAAUCUGAAGACGUAUGGUGAACUCCCGGACAAUGUAAAAGUCAAUGAUGGCGCUGGAGCUGAUGAUGCAACGGAAGGCAUCGAGUUUGAGUAUGGAGAUGAAUCUGAUGAGGAUGGAGACAAUAUUGAUAUCAUUUGAAGUAGACGUAUCAUACAUAAAUUAUAAUGGUGCAAGCACAUCCAAGGGAGAUAUUUCGCAACAAGUUUCCCGUUCAUGCAGCCUUUUGGACAAUACAAUUCUCUCUUAUUAAUAUUUCCAGUCUUGUAGAUACACCCAGUGUCCUAAUGUAGGUACAGGGUGUAAGUUUGUGGGAACGCUAUCAAUUUGCAUUUCCUGUUUAUUUAGCUUAUCAUCAUGAUCGUUGCUAGGAAAAUCUAUUAAUGCAACGUUAUGCGAUCUGUUAUUUGAUCUUGAUACAAUGUCAUACCAAACAGAUCCUUAAAGUUACAAGGCUUGUAUGUGUAUUGUGUUAUAAGCUACAACACAAUUGUGAAUACGUCUGAGAUGUCUAUAAAACGAUCAAAAUUUGCUCA